AUGAGACGGUUAAGCCAGAGACUUUCGCGAAGCAAGGAUCCGAACAAGUCGUCCAAGAAAAACAAAGACUCCAAGGACGGCACCUCUUCGCCUUCGAACUCCUCGACUGCAGCGAGCCAAUCCCCCGUCCUCACGCCGUCCUCCUCUACCUCUACACUCAAUGACAUCCGCAACAAGCCUCUGCCGCCGAGCAACACGAAUCCAAUCAGCGCGCUCGGUAGCAUUGUCGGCAUCGGCUCCAGCGACCAUGGCAAUGGCAGCACGCCGUCAGGGCAGGCACCGCAUGCCGGAGCCCUGAAUGGCGCCCAGCCAGCCGCGGCCGCUUCGGACCGCUUCAACACCAUGGGUGCCACGCAGCCGGGCUCAAACGGGGGCGGCAAUGCAGCUGCAGGCAACGACUCUCCUGGUCGCCUGGGACAGCUCCCACCUACCGUCAUUGUUAGCCCGAGUGCGCCACAUGUGCCUCCGCCGGGAUCCGCUGAGACGAUGCCACACGAUCUGGCCCCACCAAAGGCUGGCCAGAAGUCAGGGGCCUAUGAUCGCCUGCUGCAGUCGACACCGAAAGAUGUGCCCGAAGGGAUUCGGACGCCCAAGCGACAGCACUCGUCCCGCUUCGACAUCUCGUCCCACCGCGAGCUGGACAAGCUGCCGGGCUUCCAUGAAGUCCCGCCCAACCGCCGGCAGGACCUGUUCAUGCAGAAGAUCGACCAGUGCAAUGUCAUCUUUGACUUCAACGACGCCAGCUCCGACAUGAAGUCAAAGGAGAUCAAGCGUCUGGCGCUUCACGAGCUGCUCGACUAUGUCGCCAACAACCGACAGGUCAUCACUGAGCCAAUGUACCCUCGUGUCGUGGAGAUGUUCGCCAAGAACCUCUUCCGGCCUAUCCCCCCGCCGGUCAACCCCCAGGGCGAGGCAUUUGAUCCCGAGGAGGACGAGCCUGUGCUAGAGGUCGCAUGGCCCCAUAUCCAGGUUGUCUACGAGUUCUUCCUCCGUUUCAUCGAGAGCCAGGACUUCAACACGAACAUUGCCAAGGCCUACAUAGAUCACAGCUUUGUGCUGCAGCUGCUGGAACUCUUCGACUCAGAAGACCCCCGCGAGCGUGAUUUUCUCAAGACGACCCUGCACCGAAUUUAUGGCAAGUUCCUCAACCUGCGGUCGUUUAUCCGACGCUCGAUCAACAACGUCUUCUUCCAGUUCACGUAUGAGACUGAGCGCUUCAACGGCAUCGCUGAGCUGCUCGAGAUUCUCGGCUCGAUCAUCAAUGGAUUUGCUCUGCCGCUGAAGGAGGAGCAUAAGCUAUUCCUUACACGCGUCCUCCUCCCGCUCCACAAGGUCAAGAGCCUCAGCAUGUACCACCCACAACUGGCGUACUGUAUCGUCCAAUUCCUAGAAAAGGAUGCCUCACUGACUGAAGAUGUUGUCCUUGGGCUCUUGAGAUACUGGCCAAAGGUGAACAGUACCAAGGAAGUCAUGUUUCUGAACGAGAUCGAAGACAUAUUCGAGGUCAUGGACCCGGCCGAGUUUGCCAAGGUGCAGGAGCCAUUGUUUCAUCAGCUGGCCAAGUCCGUUGCCAGCCCGCACUUCCAAGUGGCAGAGCGGGCGCUGUAUUUCUGGAACAACGAGUACUUCUGCAAUCUCGUGAGCGACAAUGUGGAGAUCAUCCUGCCCAUCAUGUUUGCGCCUUUGUAUGAGAAUUCAAAGGGCCACUGGAACCGAACGAUCCACGGCAUGGUUUACAAUGCCAUGAAGCUGUUUAUGGAGAUCAACCCACAGCUGUUUGACGACUGCUCGCACGAAUAUACAGAGCACCAACAGACGGCUGGCGCAAGGGAAGCGCUCCGCGAGCGCAAGUGGGCGACGAUCGAGGGACAGGCGAACCAGAGGAAGCAGGCCAACGGCGCAGACAAGGCUGAGCCAGGGGCACGCCCGCAGGGAGGCGGGAUGCCGCGACUAGACGAAAACGAUGCCGAGGACAACCAGAAACGGCUGGACUCGCUCAAGCUACAAGACAAUGACCGCAAUGCCCGGCGGCCGGCAACGGUGGCGGUGCGUGAGAGACAGGACUCGACGGGAUCCCUGCUGAACCAGCGGUGA